AUGGCCCCGGAACAUCUUCGAUCUCCUGAGACGUCUGCUAAAGCAUCCAAAGAAGGCGAUAUAUACUCGUUUUCUAUCGUUGCUUCGGAGGUUGUGACGCGAAGGCCAGCGUGGAACGAGCGGGAAGAACGAACCGACGAGUUGCUGUAUAUGCUCAAGAAGGGAGGGCCUGCACCACCAAGGCCUGAUCUCAGUACCGACGGCGAAAUCAGUACGGCAGUGGUAUAA